AUGGAAGAUCCUGAGCGUGAGCACCAGCGGAUGUUAAGACGCCACCACCGCGAGAAGAAAGAGCUACAGGCCCAUAUCCAGGGCAUGAAGAACUCGGUCCCCAAGAGCGACAAGAAGAAAAGAAAGCAGUUGCUCCUAGAUGUGGCCCGCCUCGAGGCCCAGAUGGAGCAGAGGCACCAGCAAGAGCUGGAGAAGUUCCAAGAGAGCUUCCCUGAUAGCAGCAACCUCGAUUCUGUCACUGAAGAUCUGGCCAAGAUGAAUCUCGAGAAUCAGCCUCCCCAGAUCUCGAGGGCACAGAAAAGGCGGGAAAGAAGGGCGGCCCUCGAGAGGGAACGCCAGGAGAGGAUCAUGGAGGCCGAAAUGGAGCACAUGGCCAGCUUCCGGCGUGAGGAAGAGGACAAGCUCGCCAUCAUCCUGGGGGCCAAGAAUCUCGAGAUGAAAGAUAUCCCGGCUGACGGCCACUGCAUGUACCGUGCCAUCCAAGACCAGCUGGUGUUCUCUGUGACCGUGGAGAGCCUGCGUUGCCGCACCGCCCACUACAUGCAGAAGCACAUCGACGACUUCCUGCCCUUCUUCGGCAACCCGGAAACCGGUGCCGCCUAUGGCCGCGAUGAUUUCCUGAGAUAUUGUGACGACAUCGUGUGCAGCGCGUCGUGGGGCGGCCAGCUCGAGCUGAGGGCCCUGUCUCACAUCCUGCAGACCCCCAUCGAGGUGAUCCAGGCCGAUUCGCCCGCCGUGGUUAUCGGGGAGGAGUACACCAGGAAGCCGCUCACCCUCGUCUACCUGCACUACGGCUGCAGCCUCGGGGAGCACUACAACUCCGUGAAGCCGCUCGAGGCCGGCGCCGUCGGCGGAGCCGCUCCGCGCCUUUUCUAG